GUGAGCCUUGCCGGGCUCCGCCCCGACAUGCGCUUUGCCGGAAGCUGGCAGCCUUUGGAGCCGCCUCCUUCACCCGGUGAGUGGGGGAGAGAAUCCGCAGAGCUCGGCAUCGCCAUCCUCUGUUGCUGAGUUUGUGCACGGUGCGCACAGUAGAGCCGUUCCGAGCCGAGCCGAGCCGAGCUUCCAAGACACCGGAGAGAUGAAAGAUCGCACCCAGGAGUUGCGGGCUGCAAAGGACAGCGAUGAUGAUGAUGAAGUCAGUGUCAAUGUGGACAGAGACCACUUCAUGGAUGAGUUCUUUGAGCAGGUCGAAGAAAUUCGCCAAUUCAUAGACAAGAUCUCUGAGAAUGUGGAAGAGGUGAAACGGAAACACAGUGCAAUCCUUGCGGCACCAAACCCUGAUGAAAAAACAAAGGAGGAAUUGGAAGACCUGAUGACGGAUAUAAAGAAGACAGCAAAUAAAGUUCGCUCCAAGUUAAAGAGUAUUGAACAAAGCAUAGAACAAGAGGAAGGGCAGAACAGAUCCUCAGCUGACUUGAGAAUACGCAAGACACAGCACUCUACGCUGUCUCGUAAAUUUGUGGAAGUGAUGUCGGAGUACAAUGGUACACAGACUGACUACAGGGAGCGCUGCAAAGGGCGAAUCCAACGACAACUGGAAAUCACUGGAAGAACGACCACAAAUGAGGAACUGGAAGACAUGCUGGAGAGUGGGAAUCCUGCUAUCUUCACAUCUGGGAUCAUCAUGGAUUCCAAUAUAACGAAGCAGGCGCUUAAUGAGAUUGAAACACGACAUCAUGAGAUCAUCAAACUGGAGAACUGUAUCCGCGAACUGCACGAUAUGUUCAUGGACAUGGCAAUGCUGGUGGAAAGCCAGGGAGAGAUGAUAGACAGGAUUGAAUACAACGUUGAGCACUCAGUUGACUACGUAGAGAGGGCAGUGUCUGACACGAAAAAGGCGGUUAAGUACCAGAGUAAAGCGCGACGGAAGAAGAUUAUGAUCAUUAUAUGCUGUGUGGUGCUGGGGGUCGUCAUCGCCUCCACAGUUGGGGGAAUAUUUGGAUUUUGAAAAACACAAAAUAGGAACGAAUCGACCAAUGUGAUGUGGGCAUUUCAGCCACUUUGUGAGAUGAAGUGACUUUCACUCGGUAACACUGAGAAAGGUUUCCCUGCAUGACUAUCUAGCAUUACUUCCUUUACUGGUCCUGCUCUUUCUGGCUGUUAAGGUAUGGUAACAUUUUUUUUUCUUUUUUUUUCCAAUGAUGCGCUGUUUGCCAUAAACACAUGAAAAUUUGGCCCUGGGAAAAAAAAACUCUUCACUUUUAAAGGGAUUGAUCUUAACCCAUUUGAUUGCCAAAGCCAAAGAAAGCCCAGAAAACACCAACAGACACAACGGCUGGAGUCAACAUUUUGUAGGAUACUGAUCACAAAACGGCAAUAUCUUUUUUAAAAAAACUCAAUUAAUCUGUACAAGCUUUCAAAUCUUGUCAAGGUUGGAAGAAUGCAGUGAUCGACAUCGCAUCAGCACAAUGGUACCCACUGGACCAGGCUGACAGCCAUUAUCCCAACAGUAUGUGUUCUGUGGAAAUUCGAUUUCUUCACAAUAACGCUACCAUAGAUGGCGAAAUGGUAUGGUCCGAGAAAGUUCUGCUCUAAAUAUAAGACUUGAUUUUUGCUACUGUGGGUGAGGAACUGCCAGACAGUCUUUGAAGUCUCUCUUUUGAUCUCAGCCUUACUCCUUUACUAAUAAUAGUAUUUUUUUAUUCGCUGUCAUUUCUUCAUGUGAAGAAGACUUGCUGAUGAAGAUUCUCUCAAGUGGUGCUAUCGCUCCCCGCAAUGUUAGAGAAAAGGCUGACAAGAUCUGAAGAGUAUCUUUAAAGGAUUCAGCUCUUUAUCUUUAAAAAAAUGACAUGAGGUUGGGACUACUCAAAUGUCAUCAUUUUUAAAAUUUAUUCCAGACGAACAAAACUAACAAAAAAAAUAUCGGUAACUAGGCAGGUGAACCAUUAACUGUUUUACCAGUCAAAAAUAAAUUCUUCCAGCCUCAGAGUGGAAUCAAAAACCUUUAGAGAGAGUGGCCUUCACAUCAAUCUCUAAUAUUAUAAAAAAUACUUCAAGAGGAGCAACUUCCUUCAUAUCAUACAUCCUAAACAAAUGAAGCUCUCGUGUUAGCAUCUGUUCAAGGGUUUGUGCUGGGAAUUUUCUAUCUUGUCUAAAAUAAGUUCUGCUUUUGAAUUCCAAUUUAUCUUAAUCUCACAUGACAUUAAGUUUUUGUUCUGGCUAGUUUACCAAUGUCUUUUUUUCCACUCCUGCUAUUUUUGCCAGUAAUACGUGCAAGUCCUCGCCAGCACUACUGAUGUGUAGCCCUGUGUAAUUAGGUAACAAAGGGCUUUAAAGAGCAGUUGGUCAAGGCUUGUAUUUUCCAUCACGCUGCACUCUGGUUUGGCAGCUCCUUUGGGUUGUUGAGGUGAUGUCAGUCUGCAUAUGGUGCAGAAAGUUCUGUUGCCAAGUUUCUUCCAGUCUUAGUAAGAAAUACAUUUUAUUUAUGCAAUUUAUGUAUUAACAAAAUAUAACUGGAUUUUUAAAAUUCCAUCUUUUUGUCUAUUCCAGCGGUGGCGAUGCAAAAAGGCUUCCAACGCAGGGCACUGUCAUAAUGCUAUUGAUCUAAAAACACUAUUAGUCCAGAUCACUAACAUGCACUUUACAGGUUUUUUUAUAAUUUUCCAUUUUAGGUGUCCAGUUCUGUAACGUUCACUUUAUACUCAAAAGCAUUCAUCUGUUUGCCAUGUUCUCCCAUCACCAUAGAAAUAAAAUUUCACCCUUCGUUUUUAGCAUUAAAUUAUACUAUUUUACUUUUUGUUCUCCGUAUAAUUUACUAGUAUGUACUUUCCCUCAGAGUUCAGUUAUCACCCAAGUAUGUUGAGGGGCAGACCUGUGUUAAUGAUGCUGUCGUUUUCACUGUGACUUCAGUGUAGUGAACAUACACAUAAUCUAGUUUAAUUAGAAAAGAGCUGAUCUACCUGGCGGUGGUAAAUUUGGCACUAAUGUCUCUUGCACCAGCUGUUGAAUUGCAACUCAGCUUAGAUUGAUCUUUUAACUUGGCUGUUUUCUGUGCCUUUAUGGCUUGGAUAUGAACCAUUUUAACCAAGUGGUUCCCUGGGAAAUAUAGGUAGCCAUAAAUAGAACAAAAUCAAUACCAAUCAGGACACCAUCUGAAACAGGAGCAGACUAAUCAUAAGAGAGACUGCAAAUAUUGAACAAAAAUUCCCUUGCUAUACAUGGAAGAUAAAUUGAAAGGUCACACGUCAACCAUGUGACUUAAGUUGCCUCAUGUUUAAUUUCUGAAGCUAGAAACAUUAGAAAUAUUCUGGCUGACAAAUGCACUGUAGACUCCUUCAAACAAAAGUGUUAUCUGUAGUGUUUAAGUACAGUCUACAUUAGUCAUACAGAGAACAAAUUCAUGACAUUGCAUAGCAAGGACCAAGAUUCCUCAUUUGCACAACUAUAAUUGAAAUUGUUCUUGUUCCCUUCAGAUAUUUUAAUGUUUGGUUGUUGACACACAGGUAUUACUGAAGGCUGUUCUGAAUCUAAUCUUUAGAAACUGCUGACUUGAACUCACCAGUGUAAGUAGCCUGACAAUGAUAGAAACCUAGAGUUUAGUACAAAUGUUAGAGCUUCAUAAGUAUUUGUCUCACAUUACCUACAAAUUUGUACACUUUUCUAAUCAUAAAUAUUAAACCACAUUAUUAAUUAUACCUUUGGUUUCUUUACCUUCAAAUUCUAGCUUUUUACCAUUAAUUUAAACUGAAUCUACAUACUUUCACCCGUUGUCUUCACAUUUAAAUAAUGGUUCUUACUUGAGGUGUUCUCAGAAAACUAAAAUAUUGAGUUGAAUUUCAUUUUUUACUAAUUGAAGCUUAAUUUAUCACCCAGCUCUUAUGCUGGUCUAUCCUCCUUUAUCCCUCUAAAGUAUUCUGAUGUUGGACGUAAUUAAUUUCAAUUUCUUCUUAAAGUCAUACACACUACAGAAACAGGUCCUUCAGCCCAUCUAGUUCAUUCUGGUCAUGAAGCAACAUUUUUACACUAAUCUAAUUUUAUUCCCCAACAUUUGCAUCAAUUCCCCCCCCCCCCCAGAUUACUCAGGCAAUUUACAGUGGCCAAUUAACAUUUGGGGACAUGGAAGGAAAGGAGAACAUCUGGGAAAAACUGACAAAGUCGAAGAGAGAGCAUGCAAACUCCUCGCAGUCAGCACCAGAUGUCAGGAAUUAACUCAGGUCACUGUAGCCAUGAGUUGGGGCCCUAUUCGCUACCCCACUGUGUUGUCUUGUAUGUAGUUACUUAAAUAUUUGGAUAUUUCUAGAUAGAUUUCUAAGUGGUCAUUAUUUUGAUUCAAAACCAGUGUAGUCCCUUUAUCUCAAUUUUUGAGUUCUGUCAUAUCCUAUCUUUGGCUUCUCUAUAAUAUGUAUGAAGUUGUAACAUGAUUUUAACAGAAAACAAGGCAUGGUAUUGAUGGAUGAGAUCAUUCUGAAAUACAAGGUGUAAAUUACCAGUUAGUUGUGAAGUAUGCUGAUUCAUCUCCAGCCCCAUUUUUCUCUUGCUUUCUCAGUUCUCGUAGAGAAUCGGUAAGAAAUCUGGAAGAUUUCCCUAAAUUGUUGGCCCAAGAGAUAGCACAAUAUUGCUGGGAGUUAUGGACUGGGAAAGGUGGAGGACUGAGAACUGGGGACUGGAAUCAACAGGGUGCAAUUCCAUUUCAUUGAUUGCAUUGUGUGUUCUUAAUUUUUUCUUCCCUUAACCGAAUCUUGGAUGCUUCCUUAUACAUGAUUAAUGUAGGUAACUUAUCAUUAUUAAACAGCAGAUGCAGAAUAAUCACUGCCAAUUUUGGCUGCACAACAAACUAGGAGACCACCUACACUACUUUUAGAAUCCAUGCUGUUUUUAAGUUAACAAUAUCCAGAAAAUGUAAAUGCCAAUUAUUUCUCCAAUCUCUUCACAUCUUCAUUCAUCCAUGUUGGCAUCAGAGCUCUUGCCUUGCUGAAGUUUCACGUUCCUUUCCUUAAAUCUUAGACCUCCAAGGCAAUUUUAUUAAUCUGAGUCAUUCUCUUGCUAUUAUCUGUUUAACUGCAAAAUAUGCAUCCAGAGUCAAUUUUAAAAAACUAAUGCAAUUUCAACUUUUUUGCUCUCUUUUCUAGUUUGUUCUUUCUCAUCAUAUGUUACCUGCUAACACUAAUUCUAGACAUAAACACUGAUACCAGCUUACACCCGCCUCUUGGAAUCGUCCCAAUGCAUGACUGUUAAAGCUGAUUGUCGUUUUCUAGAUCAGCUGCCAUUCAGAAAUCAUUGACGGAUUUGCAUAAUGCAAAACCAAAUUUGAAUCUGGAGUUCUUGGGUUUGCCUUGAUCACUGGUUUAUGAAGGUGCACUCCCCUCCUUUCCACUUACUAAGGUGGAAAGCCUAAAAUUACAGGCCAUUAAUUGACGUUAGUCAUUUUAGUUCCUCUUCCUCAUCACACCUCAUUUAUUCAAUUCUAAACCCAAUAUUUACAGCACAAAACUAACUGUGAAAGUGAACCUCACAGCUUAUCAAGUGAGAUAUGAAAGAGAAAACCAUACUAAGAAUCCUGUCCCUCAAAGGAAACUCAAAUCCUGUCUGCAGAAUUGUUUGGUACCUAGGGACAGAGACUAUAGAAUCUUCAACAAAAAUCUGGCUUUUAAUAAAUAGGGUUUAUUCGUGAAAAUAUCCAAGCACAGACAAAUUCUUCAGAGUCUUUGACUGAGCCUGUUACAUGUAAAUCUUAUUAUCAGGAUGGUAGAAGAAGUGAAUCAGCUUUCAGCUGUGACCCUCAAGUGCAAACUAAGAAGCCCAUUCAUGAUUGAAAUACACCAUUUUUAUUCCUGUUACCAAAAUUAAAUGGAUGGCAAGGACUCCAUUUGGUACCAGUUAGAAUUAGAUUGACUUUCAAUGAAAGGCUACCUUAAGACAUUCUGGAAAUCAAUAAAAAAUGACUAAAAUACAGAAUAAGCCUAUUAAUGUCUUUGCAGAAAGUUAGGACGGUGAUUAAGCUAUAAAAAUUCAGAAACAAACAUGGUCAGAGAGCUCUUGAAUAUAACUGGGUGCAGGAAAAUUAUUAGAGCAGACAAUAGGAUCAAGGAUGUUAAAGCUGGGGGAUAAUCACACAUGGGGUAGGUUUUCAUGGGUAGUGGUGAGAGGUAACAAUAAAAGAUGGUCCCACGGUAGUAUGGUAGUUAGCGCGAUGCUGUUACAGCUCGGGGUGCUCCAGAGUUCAGAGUUCAAAGUUCAAUUCUAGUGCCAUUUGUAAGAAUUCUCUGUACAUCCGCCCCAUGGGAUGCAUGGGCUUUCCCCAGGUGCUUUGGUUUACUCCCACAGUCCAAAGAGGGUAAAUUAAUUGGUCAUUGUAAAUUAUCCUGUGAUUAGGUUCGGGUUAAUAAGGGGGCGUUUUGCUGGAGCAACGUGGCUUGAAGGGCCAGUAGGGCCUACUCCUCGCUGUAUCACUAAAUAAAUAAAUAGGAUUAGAUUUGAACCAUAGAACACUAUAGCACAGAAAACAGGCCAUCCGGCCCUUCUAAUCUGUGCCGAAACAUUAUUCCACUAGUUCCAUUGACCUGCAUCCAGUCCAUAACCCUCCAGACCUCUCCCAUCCAUGUAGCUAUCCAAUGUAUUCUUGAAACUAAGAGUGAGCCCGCAUUUACCAUGUCAGAUGGCAGCUCGUUCCACAUUCCCACCACUCUCGGAGUGAAGAAGUUCCCCCUAAUGUUCCCCCUAAACCUCUCCCCUUUCACCCUAAAGCCAUGUCCUCUCGUAUUUAUCUCUCCUAAUCUAAGUGGAAAGAGCCUAUUCACAUUUACUCUGUCUAUGCCCCUCAUAAUUUUGUAAACCUCUAUCAAAUCUCCCCUCAUUCUUCUACGCUCCAAGGAAUAAAGUCCUAACCUGUUCAAUCUUUCCCUGUAACUCGACUCCUGAAGACCCGGUAACAUCCUAGUAAAUCAUCUCUGCACUCUUUCAAUCUUACUGAUAUCCUUCCUAUAGUUAGGUGACCAGAACUGCACACAAUACUCCAAAUUUGGCCUCACCAAUAUCUUAUACAACCUCCCCAUAACAUCCCAACUCCUAUACUCAAUACUUUGAUUUAUGAAUGCCAGGAUGCCAAAAGCCUUCUUUAAAACCCUGUCUACCUGUGACGCCACUUUCACGGAAUUAUGUAUCUGAACUCCCAGAUCCCUUUGUUCCUCUGUAGUCUUCAGUGCCCUACCAUUUACUGUGUAUGUCCUUCUAAACUAUAACACUGCACUAUCUCACAAUAACUUGCUAUUUUGUUUUAAUUCAGUUCUCUUUGAGUACUGAUAGUUUGUUUAAAAUGUGCAUUUAGCAGUGAAUAAACUUUCAGCCCUGAAGGAUUGUAUUUGGAAAACAUUGGCAGUGACAGAGGAGAUAUCAUAACAGGAAUAAGCGCUUAGUCUUAAAUUGAGAUGCAAAUAAAAAUAGAAAUUCUUAUUGAGAACUGAAAGCAAUGGAUGUUGAAGAGAGUGGAGCCACAGCAAGAGGCCAGACUAGGAGGAAGAGGUUCUUGGAGGGUUAAAGGUCAGUGAUAGGGAGGAGAAGUCAAUGAAGGCUUUCAGUUUGAGUUUUUUUUUAAAGCAAGAUUCUUCAAAGUCACUAGAUGCAAUUUGCUUCGGUAUACAGACCUGUGACUACUUCUGUACAUUAUUGAACAUUUGUAACACAAGUAAUUAAUAAUUUUUGCGUGCCCUAUUGAAAAGAAGGGACAGUCUUCAGCAAACUUCCAGCUCAAUAUAAGUGACUGUGCUACAUCUAGUAACACUAAGUCUAAGUCUAUUUUAUCAGUACUGUUUAAACGGGGAAAUGCCUGAAAAGGAUUUGGAGCAAUGUUCAUUUACAACACUAAGGCCCACCAUGUAUAGUAAUAUCGCACAAAGACUAGUGAAAUACAAGUCAGCAUACUGAAAUUCACUGGGACAUAUUUUACGCCAAAGACAAAAUAUAAAUCAGAUGGAAUUCAGCUAUAAAGAUCAGAGGUCCUGAAAAUUACCUAUAAUUGUUACACCCUGCAUAAUCUAACAAUUCAUUCAUCAGAGGAAGUGCCUGGACUCUUGACAGAAGAGGAGAUGUUGCAAGAUGACUGAAGUCAAUAUGCAGCCUGGAAUACUGCUGUAUCAGGCAAAGACUGACAGAUCAUUAAAAUACAGGCUGCAGCUAUGGUUCUGAACUGACAGUCUAUGUAUCCUCCCUAUAUAAUAGGUACCCUAUUAACAACAGAGCAGGACUAAUCACUUUUACCACCACCCGACCUGCAGUGCUGCCGCUCAAUAAUUCUACUCUGCAUGAGAAAGAGAGUGCAGAUUAUUUCCUGACUCAAGAUUUCUGUCUGCUUAUCUUUCCUGUGAAUUAGCCUUGGACUUUUGUUUUAACUCGGUCUUAAGCUCUCAAGCCACAAUUUUCAGGGUAGUGUGCAGAAUAGCCACCAAUGGUCUCUUCAUGAUUUGGCAUUAGCCAUUGUUACUUUCUGUUGGACUGCUAGACAACCUGAAAGACUUAUUCGUGAUUUAGGUUUGUGCUGGGUAGAGGCUUCUACCUUGACUGGUCUCUUCUAGAAAUGCAAAUAUUAUUUAAAAUAGGAAAUGAUUAGACAAUCAUAGGGGUGGCACGGUAGCAUAGUGGUUAGCACAACAGUUUACAGUACAGGCGACCCAGGUUCAAUUCCUGCUGCUGCCUGCAAGGAGUUUGUACAUUCUCCCCAUGAUCGCAUGGAUUUCCUCCCACAGUCCAAAGACAUACUGGUUGGUAGGUUAAUUGAUCAUUGUAAAUUGUCCUGGGAUUAGGCUAGGAUUAAUUCGGAGGUUCCUGGGCGUAGCUCAAGGGGCCUGGAAGGACCUACUCCACUUUGUAUCUCAAUAAAUAAAUAAAUACAGCAAAGGGACUAGCUGUGCAUUUUGGAGGGUUGUCCUUUACAUCGUUGAAGUCAAUCGUAAGUAAAAUUGAGUAUGCUUGGUAUGUGUUACACAGGGCACCUGGAGCAUGUGGAUGAUGUGGGGGUAGUCAGUUCUCACUGGAAUAUACUGUCAAUUAUUGCUUGAUGCACCAACUUUCAAGGCUUACAAAGAAUCAAUCAGGGAAAUAAUAAUCACAUAAUGUUUUUCUCAGUUCUAAGCUCGGCUGUGAUUAGCCCCCUGCAAAUUAUGGAGGAUUAAUGCCAUGAGCAAUUUAGGCCCUUAAGGUAGUGAAAACUCUCCAAGUCCUUCAUGGACUCCCAAGACUGCAAAGCUGAGCCUUGUGUAAAUUAAAAUCAUUUAAAUUUAUGUAACCAAAAGGUGGCAUUUGGCCAAAUGUACGGUACUGGCCAAUAAAGGCCAAAUCCCAUCAUAUGAGUAAUUAUGCAAACAACAGGAAUUCUGCAGAUGCUGGAAAUUCAAGCAACACACAUCAAAGUUGCUGGUGUUAGUCCUGACUAACGGUCUCAGCCUGAAACAUCGACUGUACCUCUUCCUAGAGAUGCUGCCCGGCCUGCUGCAUUCACCAGCAGCUUUGAUGUGUGUUAUAUGAGUAAUUAGUCAUUUUAUUUAUUCCUGGUUCUGGUAUGGUAAUAGGUGAGGAACAGCAGCCUUUAAGUGAUGCCAAGGUGACUGAUUGGAAAACAUGUAGGCAGUGUAAUCAAAUUAAGUGACGGUAGAGCCAGUAACAUUCAAACACGUGUCCUAAUCAGAAGAUCAGGCGUAUUUUCUCCGACAGCAGAACUGACUGGAAGUAGAAGCUGUUGGGUAAUACAUGGAAAUCAUUAGAGCAAGUCCACAAUAUAGUGAACGCAUAGUUAGAAAAUUUUAAUCCCACUCCAGGUCAUCUCAAUAAACCAUUUCUGGUUCACUCCCUGCAAAAUUACGUUGGUUACAAGAUUCCCCCAAACCCUCCCAGAGUUUUGGGGCAAACUAACCCAAGGGGAUGGAAGACUAGUUAUUGUCAAGGAAGGAACAUUCUGAAUGAUGUUACCACACCAUGGUUUCAACUUUUUUUUCCAAAGGAAGAGUGGAAUAAAGGGAAACAAGAUAACGGUGAGCUAAGGAAAGAGUUAACUGAGCAAACGGGUUAAUAUCUGUUCCCAGCCUUUUUUAUUCUUUUCACAUUGUUACAGUUUUUCACAAGAUCUGCUUAGCAAUUGAACUUUCUUCCUUUAGGAUUCCUUUUGCCUUCUUUUGUUAAAUAGUUCCUUUCAAAGUCUUAUCAAGAGUUCUGCUAGAUCAUUAGAAGUAUUUAAGGUGGAGAUAGGUGAUUAUUUUGAAAGCUCAGGGAACUGAUGGUUAUUGUUAAUUGCUGGCACAAGAGCAGGGCUGGGGACUGGAUAGAUCAUACUGAAUGGCAGGGCAGGCUUGAGGGGCCUAGUGGCCUACUCCUAUUUUUUUGUGUUCCUGUAUGCUAAUCAAGUCCAAAUUAGACAGACCUACAGAAAGACCUGCUGUCUAUUGCAGUACUUGAUGCUUUCUGUCUUACCGAGUAAAAUCUAGAACAGCACAGCACAGAAGCAGCACCUUUGGCCCACAAAGUAGUGCCUAACUAAUUAAUUACUAAAUCAAUACCCAACUAAAUGCUGUACACAAUGUUCAUAUCCUUCCAUUUCCUGCACAAUCAGCACAUACAUGCCUAUGUACAAUCCUCUUGAACACCUCCGUCACAUUUGCCUCUUUCACCACCCUGGCAGCACAUCCCUGGUACUCACCACCAUCUCUGUAAGAAGCAUUCCCACACAUUUCCUUUGAAUUUAAUCCCCUCUCACCUUAAAUGCAUGUCCCAAAGUGUUAGAUAUUUCAGCCCUGGGAAAAAGAUACCUGCUGUCUAUCUAUGCAUCUCAUAAUCUGAUAAGCCUCUGUUGAAUUUCUUGUCUGCUGCUCCUGAGAAAAUAACCCAUCUUUCCAACUUGCCCACUAAUGUAAGCAGCAUCCUGGUAAACCUUCUGCACCCUCCCCAGAGCCUGAACAUUCUUCCUAUAAUGGGCUGAUCAGAAUUGAAUGCAAUGCACCUCAUGCAGCUGAACUAGAGUUUUGUAAUGCUACAACACAACUUCCUGAUUCUUGAACUCAGUUCCUCAUCUAAUAAAGGUAAGCCUUCUUUGUCAACCUAUGUAGCUACUUCUAGAAAGCUAUGGAAUUGGACUCCAAGAUCUCCCUGCUCAUCAAUACUUUAAAGGUCUUUCCACUGACAGUGUAUUGUCCUACAUUUGAUCUAAAGUGCAACAGUUCAAAUUUGAUCAGGUUAAACUUCAUCUGCCACUUCUCCGCCCAUAUCUGCAACUGAUCUAUAUCCUUUGCCAGUCUUCUACACUAUCCACAACACUACCAAUCUUCGCAUCAUCUGCUAACUUGUUAACUCACCCAACUACAAUAUGUUUUCAUCCUGGUUAUUUGCAAAUAUGACAAAAGAGGUCCCAAUACAGAUCCCUACAAGGCACCAGCAGUCACAGGCCUCCGGCUAGAAUAAGUCCCAUCAAGCACUACCUUCUGUCUCCUAUGGGCAAGCCAAUUCUGAAUACAAACUGUCAAUUCAGCAUGGAUCCCAUGCAUCUUAAUCUUCUGGAUCAGCCUCCCAUGAUAGACCUUGUCAAAUAUUUUCCUAAAAAUCCAUGUAGACAACAUCUACAGCUCUACCUUCAUUAAUCAUGUUCAAUAUCUCCUCAAAAAAUUCAAUUAAGUUAGUCAGACAUAGCCUACCUUGCACAAAGCCCAGCUUUCUGAAUGUAACUAGGCCAUGGUUUUCCAAAUCCAAAAAUCUGGUGAAUUGUUAUUUUACCAACUUGAUAUAAAGAGAUUACUCUCACUCACCUGAGACCCCUUUAAACAAAACACAGCACUAAAUUCUGCCACAUAGUAUCUUAAGCUUUCCAAGGCUAUAAUGUGUUUUCAAAAGUUUUUUUUAUUCACUUUACCAAACUAAUUGUGGACUCCCUGCAGUUGACGCUGACUGAAAUUAGGAAAUGGAUACAACAGCCUCUUAUUCUGCACUUCUUGAGCAUUCUGAGUGUUGAGGUCAAGACCAAGUUUAUUUUGCAAUAGGAAAACAAGCUCACUAUAAAAAUGAACAGAAUAUGCUGCAAGUACUCAGUGGGCUAUCUGUACAGAAGGUAACAUGGUUAAUAUUUCAGGUUGAUGAUCUUUCAAAAGAUGAGAAAGGAGAAUUAUGGUGUGAAGUUGGGAGAAAGAUAGACUACCUGAUCCUCCCAUUGGAAAGAUAAGUAGGGAGCUUGCUGUUCAGGAGAUGGAGGAUUAAGAAAUGACAAUUGGGAAGGGUGGGGGGAGGACAGGGAGAUAGGAUGAGGAGUUCAUUGUGGGAGACCUUUGUCUCUUUAGCUACACGCAGGUUGAAGCGGUCUUGAGAUAUGGCAGAGUGGGUCCUCUCAACCUUUUUCCCUGCAACCCUUGUAAAAGUAAUUUGAAAAGUACUCUCUUUCCAUUUUAUCACAGACUACAGCUUUGCUGUGGUAGAGCCAGCAGAAAGCUCAAGAUCCUUCAAUGAUAAGAAUAACAGCACAAGUUUUGGGAUCAAAGCUUCAAUUUAGAAGUCACAUACCUGCUCCUGGCUGGUUGUUAGGACAACUAACCCAAGGCCAGUCCUGAUCUUAUCCUUUUAUUUUCUGCAGUGGAUUGAGUGACCUGUGAUUAGGAACAGAAUCCUGAUGCAGUUCAGGUCUGGGAUCCCUUCCCUUCUUCACUUCAGUAAUAUUGUGCACUUCAUUCUUUUCUGAAAUUGGCCCUUCAUUUCUGCAGACCAGCAAAAAAUCACCGUGAUGCUAAGGGAAGAUUUCCCAUGCAUCAUCAUUCUAUUGUGUGAAGCAUAUAAAAGUGUCCAAAAUGAUGUAAAAGAAAUUGAAUGAAAUUUCAAACCAGCUCAUUGGUUUUAGAUAAACACACAUGGUGUCUUGAGUCUAAUUGGUGUGGGAUCUAACAAACUGCCUCAUAUCUCAUUAAAUUUCUGUCUUACUGAGUACUGAAAUAGCGAAUGAUUGAGUAUGUUUCUAGAAACCAUUCAGGUUGUCUCUUAGAGGAAUAUGUACAGCAAUGGCUGGGGAAGACUGCAAGGUAAUAGCACACAUGAAAAUCGCUGAGAGAAGGUGAACCAGGAUGACUGAUUAAACCCUUAGUGCUGGUUUCCUUCAUUUCACCCACAUCAUCCAUUAUGCUCCAAGCAGAUCUGGUUCAUUCUUUCAUUAAUGUCAUGAUUUUUUUUUAAAUAGUAAAGUUGCCUUUUGUAUGGCCUAGAACCCUGCGUUGCUUGAAGACUUUAUUGUACAUCUGAAGCCAAUGUUCUGUGCCAAUUAUCUGGUGUUUGGUAUUUUAGCUGCUUUCGAAUGUACACAAUCGAGUCACCAGUCUGUGACUGAGCAGACAGGAAGCCUGGUUCAGCUCAGCUAAAAGUUUGCACCCCUGCCCUCGAUGACAGCACAAGCUGUAGCCAGGCUCAGUUCGGCUCCAGUCUGCCCGUCACUACGCCCCCUACCUGCCUACCAGUGUAUAGCACAAACUAAAGCCUGGACCUGUGAACCUGCUGCACCCGCUGAUUAACAAAUUGUUUGCACGUUAGCCUAUGAAAAGCAGUGUUUCGUCUUGUGUCUGUGAUUAGUUUGGUUUUGGCUUACCUGUCUCAAAAUGAAAUGUGGUGUCCAAACUCUGUAUUUUGAAAAGUAAAAGCUUGGAUGAGGAUGAUUUGCAGAAAUUGGGAGUUUCAAUCUGCACCCUUUGCAAUUUCUAAAUACAUCACUGAUUCUGAUGUUUGGUUUUAAAAAAUAUCACUGGAGAAACCCUUAAACAUUCUUUCAUUAGCACCUGUGUCAGAUCUGAAGAUAAAAGCAACUCUGUGUUGUCAACAUUUGCAGCAUGUACACUCUUUUUAUUGUUAACAAAGUUACCAUGAAGCACUGGCUGGGCCGGUCUGGGACCUGCUCUAAAUCCCUCACUUCCUAUGAAAAGCACAAGUAUGGGGAAAAACAAAACAGUCACAGGGCAGGAUGGGAAGCAAAAUGUUCGAGGUUAGAAGCUGAAAUAAAAUUACUUAGUAGGAAAGCUGCCAGCCUUGCCAAUCGAACCCUCGGUGAUUACUAUUAGCACUAUUCCUCCCGCACAUUUGUUAAUCCAACCUUCACCUAUACUCGUCUCUUACUACUCCCUCCGGUCAUUGCCUUACAAAUCUCUUCCCUGGCCUCUCUCUGUGACUUUUCUGUUAUUCUUGGUUUACCGUUGCAGUUCCUGAUGUUAGAUAAAAGACUUGCAAACAUAGCUGUGUAACAGUAAAUCACAUUUCUUCACUAACUGUAGUCCAGUGAAACCUCCCAGCUUGUAACGGUGUAACAAGCAGUACGUUCCUUAAUAGCUGACAAUUGAAAGCAGCACAUUUCUGAAAAUAAAACAAAGGAUCAUGCUCCAAUUCACUGCCUGAUCUGGAAGGGCUUAACGAGAACAGUUGUAGUUUUGAUACAUCUCUUGCUGCUGCUUUGGGCAGCACGGUGUGUAAUUGAGGAGAACAAGCAAAAGGUCAAGGUAGAUGUAAUAGAAGCUAGAUUUGAGCCCUGCUGCGUGGCAUAACAAUAGAGUUAAGAUCCCAUUGUGGGGAGGGGGGAAGGGGUGAAACUGGUUCAAAGGCACUCUGGGUGGGUGGGAGUGCGGGGGCUAUGAAAUCACUGUGAGAUAGAGCGGUGUAUGAUGGAGGGUAAAGUGGAAUGGAAAGAUAAAUUUAAGAUCCCACUAAGCUUCAGAACGUUAUAUGGAAAGGUGAAAUAAACAACAUCUCCCAAUGCACGAGGGAGAGAUAGGUUUAGGAUCCCAGUGUGGGAGGAAGAGAUGGGAUUAGGAUCCCAUUAUGAGAGGGUGUGUUGGGGUUAGGACCCUACUGUGGGAGGGAGACGAAGGAUUAGGAGCCCACUGGAGAGAGCAAUAGGGUUAGGAUCCCACAAAGAACAGCGGAUUUAGAUAAUGAGGGAAGGAUUGCUGAGGUAGGCAUUCCACCGUGGAAGGUGGAGAAAGGGCUAGGAUCCCAGUGUUCUUUUCUCAGCCGCUGUAGGUAACUGUGGGUGGGAAAAGAAUGGUAGGAUCCCACUGUUGAAGGGAGAGGUGGGUUUAGGAGCUGCACGCAGAAAUUGGCUCCAGUUAGGAAGGGAAAAUAAUGGUGUAGAGCUGCCUUUGUUGGGGUUUGGGAGGAAGCAGUUCAAUUAGGAGCAUUCAAGUUAUAUUUUUUUAAACUGAAAUUUAUUUUUCAAUAACUGAAAGAAUCAGAUUUACAGAUUUUUUGGGAGGCUUAAGAAUGAGUGUAACCCGCAAGUUCCAGCUCCACCACCUAAACAUUUUUGACUGCAAGCAUAGAUCCUGACACCAAAUCAACUCUUAUGAAUGCGAUCCCAGCACCUUACAUGGAGAUUCCAUAAAACAUACAGCACAGAAGCAGGCCAAUCAACCUGACUCGCCCACCUUGGUGGUUCCGCUGAACACCAGCCUCCUUCCACAGCAGUUCAUCCAAUACUGUUAAGACCUCAGUUUCAGAGGCAAAGCCCAUUCUUCACUGCAGCAAAUCUUCAGAGAUAACCAACUUAGGACAGACCAAGGGCAAAACGCAAGAUUUCCCUGGUCUAUCUAUUUCAGUGCCAUUUACCCACUGGUCUGAGAUGGGAGCUUUAGAUCAUCUUUCAAUGAGGGUUACCCAGAGCUAAUAUCCAAGUGUUCAAUAUCAGUAUUAUUAUUUUAUAUUAAUGACUGGUUUUUAACCAGUUUUCAUUCUGUUUUGCUGUUCUCCAAGUUGCACAACCUUUGUCAUUUAAAUGUAAAAUUUGUUUGAAGCUAAUUAACGAUCAUUGAGGUGCUUCAGUUAGCCACCUUAUGUAACAGAGAAUCCUGCAUGUGAUUCGAGUCUGCCCCCCCCCCCAAACCAGGAGUGCAAAUUUCAAAACUCGUUUACCUACUUAAAAAGUCUUCCUUCUCGUUUUAAAGUGAAUGCUCAAUCUUUUGGUGCAAAAGUACAGAGUCCCCUUUGUCUGACUGCAAGGGCAGUGCUGGGAAGUUCCACACGGUGACAGCUAUUAGCGCAAAAAGAAAUAGAUGACGAUGAUCCUUUCCAGUCAUCGUCCUCCACGGUGUGAGUGGGACGCUUCCCUAGACUGAUGCGUGGAAGGACAGUGCUGCUGGAGGGAAGCUGCCCUUGAAGAUUUAAGACAUCAUUUACAAGGAUUUGGAGCCUUGCUCAGCUCAUGAUAAUAGAACUAUAAAAAUUAGAAUAGUCAGACAAAACUUUCUGUAUAUUUCAGCCAGCGUUGGGAUUUUUCCAUAUCAUUUACAAACUGUACAGUUUUAGUCGCCGACCAAAAGGCUGUAUAAAAGUUGAUAACACUACACCUCAGCCACAAAACUCAGCCACAUAAAGAUAAGUGUUUGAAGAAAAUAAACUUAAUUUUCUCUUGGAUAAAUUAACAAAUAGAUCAAAAAUUAAUAAAGUUCUCAGAUUUCAAUAAUUAUUUAGCAAAUAACCCUUUGAGUAACUCAUAGAUAUCUCCAUUUUGUAGGGCCCUUUGAACAAAAUUCCAUGCUGUUGGUUACCAAAAAGGGGUUGGCAGCACCAUCAUCCAGUUUGGAUUAUAUUACAGGUAGAUGAAGCAGAACGCAGAAAGAAAUGAACUUGGAGUACAUUGUUGAUACUUACAUUGCAAUCAACAGCAUUAGCAAAAUGCCUGCUUGCAAUAAUAAAAUAAAGAAUUCUGUCUAAACUGCAUAAGGUAAAGCAAUCAGUUUAUAUUUGGCUGAACGGUUCAGAGACAGGAGACAGAUUACCAAGAGUCUUCAUCUUUCUUCUAAGGAAGUAUGCCACAAAUUAUUCUGGAAUGUGCCAGGAUUAGAAUUGGCCUCUAGAAAGAAAAAUCCCGUGAAUGAGAUCUUCCCUGUGGAAAUUCUGUGAUGUUCUGGCACUGAGGGAAGUAUCAGAUGAUUUCUGAUCUACAGUCCUACUCUCCCACAAUUUAGCUGAAGCUUCUCACUUCUGGUGUUAGGGUAAGCCGUGUCCUAGAAUUCAGUUUGCUGCUUUCCAAAUGAGAGGUGAAAUGAAACAUACUUCAAAACUUAGAGAAAGUUUGAAGGCUGUUUCCUCAGUAGAAAGUUAAAUGAAUGUUGCUAAACUACCACUAUAAUAUAGAUACUUACUGAGAUCAUACUUGAAACUAUUAUUUCUCCAAUAUACACAUUAAGAUCCCACCAAUGAAUGGGUCAAUUAUAUACAGCUCUCAGGGAAAUCUUAGGAUUUACAGUCUACUCCUGAUAACUCAAACUUUAUUCCACAAGAAAAAAAAAUGAAUUACCAGUACUUCAAAUUACACAACUUAAUGGGAGUUUAGCACUUAAGUGAGUUAAUUAAAGUUGAGGGAUUCAUAUUAAUGAUGAAGCACAUAACUGAUAACAGAGGAUGAGAGAGUUUCAAACUGAUUUCAGUACAGACGUGUAUUUAUUCUUAGGGCUGAAGUACACCAAGCUAAUUCAACAACUCUGAACUGAAAGCUGACAGCUCUUUGGAAAGUCCCAUUCCACUCCUUAUUGCACAUUUCAAGCUGGUAGCAUCAGCUCUGGAAAUGCUGUUUAUAAUUUCUCAAUCAAGAUGAAUUCUCAUGUAGAGAGUAGGGGUCCAUUAGCAGCACUGUCCUUCACUAUAAACUUCCAUCAUUUACCCUCUCCCAGUCUGGUGACCGCACUAGAUAGGGAAGAUCAUCUAUAGGAGAAGGAAGGGGGAAAAUGAACUAACUCUCAUGUUAAACAUGGCUCAUGCAGGUCAGACAAAGGGGGCACUUUAGCUGGGGCAAACAGAAAGGAGAUCAGAGGCUGCAUCAAAGAUCAGUGUUGCCUCAUUUAAAUAAAUCUCUGGGUAUAAGCAUUUCUAUUACAGUGCAAUAAAGUGGACAUACUACCCCAGGUCCUUCUUAUUCAUUGAAUUAAUGCUGCAUGAUACAGGAUUUUUUAAAAAUGUGAAAUGUUUCCUUUCUGUGUCUGAAACUCUCAUUGGACUUGUUGUUUAAUCCACUGCUCCUCACCAGCAGUGCUUGAUAUUGUAAAGAUGUGGAUGGCUGUCAUUGUUGUCAGUUCUGCCCUCACUGCGAGGAUUGCCCUGAUUUGUAACUGUGCUGUAGAGCUGAUUGUGCUGGUUUAUGUGUUGCAGUUCGUUGCAGAAAUGAGGGACAGUGCUGUCUCCCGUCUGCUCUCCCAACCAUCGCCUUCUUGUAAAGUAUGUUCAUGCUUUGGUUGCAAAUGGCUUCCUGCGUUGUGAAUUCUUACACAAAAUAAACAAUUCUGA